GUAAGAUUUGAUAUCGGCGUCAACUACGGUAGCACCUUCUUCUUCGACAUCCCGCGCACACUCACGAACGCCGUCUCAGAGGGAUGGGUGUCGCAAACCCAGUCCGACGGUCUGCCAGUCACUUCUGUCUCCAUGUACUGCUACUCUGACAACAUCGUGUGCUGCUUUUACGAUUCCAACGGCGAUGUAGCUGGCGUGCAAGUUGCUCUGCCAAAAGACAAGUUCACUCCCUACUACGAAGACAUGGAUGCGGUGGGCUUCACGGACUGGACAGUGGAUGAUGUUGAAUACUACACUUUGCAGCAGUACUUCACCACUGAAGAAAUCCUCAGCAGCGGCGCUACGCGUACCAACGAGAACAAGAUCACUGAGAACGGUGGCGUGUGGGUUGUGGGAACUAAUAAAGAGGUGGUCCAGAUCUACAACACCACCAGCGAGAUCGUCAGUGAGGGCGUUUUCACCAUACAGGCCUGCAUUCCGUGGAUGGGCCGCCACUACUACUACAAGAUGGACUCCAGCUUGAGCUGCGUAGAGCCUAUUUUCCCGUGGUUCUCUAUCGUGGAAUCUGAUGAACUCAUUGCCACCGGUCUAAUGGUCUUCGGCGAGCUGAACCUGGACAGUGAUGCUAGGAACUGGUUUGAGAGCCCUACUGCGUCUGUUGUGAAGGCGAUCGUCCCUUCUGGCCCAGACUGCCUUUACGAGCUAGCUUCGAGCCCUGGAGUUGUCACAAUGCACGUCUACUACAUCGAAUCGCCCUGGCUGGUUACAUGUUAG